UUUUCGUUGUUGUCAUUUCCAAACAUGUUCAUCAUGUGCAGAGUAGUGAAACAUAUAUUUCGUGCUUUUUGUUGAUUUGAGUCACGAUGAGCAGCGUGUGCAGAGAGGUGAUCACUCUCCAGCUGGGACAUUAUUCUAACUUUGUGGGGACACACUGGUGGAAUUUACAGGAUGCCUCUUUAUCAUAUGACCCGGAGAUGCCGCUGGGGGAGAUCCAGAGUGAUGUUGUGUUUCGGGAAGGACAGACAUCUGGAGGUCACAUUACAUACACCCCUCGCCUCAUCGCCAUGGACCUCAAAGGAAGUCUCCGGACUUUGCGACAGGAGGGAAGUCUGUAUGACCCUGGUAAAGACACAUCUGCAGUAACAUGGGAUGGAAGCCUCAUGAUGCACAAAGAAAGUCCUCCUGUCAAGAACUCCUUUCUUGAGGAUCUGGACAAAUUGGAAAAAGGGGAGAUCUUGGCUGAAGCUGACUUUAUUUCCAGUUCUCAGGCUCAGUGCUCAGCAGCAGGAGCCAUGAGUGUAGAAACAGUCAACAGUCGACUGUCUCGAGUCCAAAAAGGCUACAAGCUAGAGGGCAGCGUGAAGGUUUGGUCCGACUUCCUCCGAAUCCACCUGCACCCCCGAACCAUCUCUGUCAUCCACCAGUACAACCACGACGGGGAGGCUCAUCGUCUGGAGGCAUUUGGGCAGGGGGAAGCUCUGCUGCAGGGCUCGGUGCUGGAGGAUCUGGAGGACAGACUGCACUUCUUUGUAGAGGAGUGUGAUUACCUUCAGGGUUUCCAAGUACUGUGUGAUCUGGCUGAUGGCUUUGCAGGCCUGGGGUCAAAGGUCACAGAGAUGCUACAGGACUCUUACGGUGGGAGGGGCAUCCUGACGUGGGGUCUGGCACCUGUCAGUCACCCGAACUCUAGCCCUAUGAAGGACCUGUAUCAUUUGUUGAACUCCACUUUGGGGACGGUGCACUUGUCCAGUCACAGCUCGUUUUUCUGUCCGCUGACGUUGCGAGGUGGACUCGGCCGGCGGCCCUCGUCUCCUGUAGCUUUUCCACACUUAAACUACGAUCCGUCUCUGUGGUAUCACUCCAGUGCUGUCUUGGCUCUGGCCCUCGAUGCCCUCACGGUGCCUUACAGGCUGCGCGACAACAGCGUCCCCAUGUGGCAGGUGGCAGAUGCACUGGCUGUAUCUGGAAAAAAGGUGGUGGCUGCUUAUGGUGCUGUCCCUUUUCCCAUGAUGCACGGCAGCACCCUUCCCGAUGCCUUGAGUAUAUGCGCAGAUACGUUACCGUGGAAACCUCUAUCAGCUUGCUCGGAACCCGGAGACGGGCGAUGUUACGGCCAGUGGGCAACGUUGAAAGGCUUUGAAGGGCAGAGACUCAUCAGCUCUCUGGAUCCAGGGACACAACCUCCCACUCCCCUACACAGCCUCCACAGCGGUGAAGACGUCCUGGGAUCCUACAUCAGAUCUUUCUACCCCACAGCUCCUCUGGCUCUGCAACUGGUGUCCACGCCCAGUAAACUGACUCCGCCCUUCCCUCAGAUGUUCAGCCAGUCUGUUGGGGCUCAGGGUUUUCUGCAGAGUCAACCCAUUCUACCUGACUCUCCAGCCCCGUUGGUUUCCUCUGUACCCGUCAUGACGUCGCUCCAGUCUGGCCCCGCCCUCGACCCCUGGCUGUCGGAGCUGCACCGCGGGGCCAGCUCUUUCGACAUCCGACGCGUGGCCCCGAGCUUCCUGUCACAGGGGCUGGAAAUGGCCGACUACCUGGAGGCCCUGGAACAGCUGCGCCUUCUGGCUCGCCGUUACCGUGACGACAGCUGCGGUGUGAUGCGCUCCUCCUCGGAAGAAGACGACGAUGAUGAUUGACACUCGGACGCUUGACCUUGACAGAAGUGUUACUGACCCAUUCAGAUGUUUACUGGCCUGCAGGUGUGUGUGUGUGUGUGUGUGUGUGUAUGCAUGCGCUCAUACAGACAAAUGGAAGCAGCCUCUGCCUUAUGAAGGACCAGGACUCGGACAGGUCCAUGUUUUCUAAAACUGUACAGUAGGUAGAGACAGAAGAGUUAAACUGGUAGACCUGAGAUCUGUAAAUGUAGUAUUCGGAGGUAAAGGACACAGUAGGAGAAUGUACAGACCAGUCACAUUUCAGAAGGGACUGUUGGUCUGGGAUUGAAUGAAUUUUCUACACAAACUAUUUAUCUCAAUGUUAUGUAUGUCUUCCAUGUCUGUGCUGGGCACAGGUAACGUAAAGCUCUAAUACAGUAAAACUACACUGAGCAGAAAUGUUGGCAUGCAGGGGGCUUUAUCCCCACCCCACCCUCCACUUCUCACAUCAGUGUUAAAAAAAAAAAAAAAAAAAAAGCUAAAACAUUAGUGUCUCUGAUCUCAAAUGUUCCAUGAAGCCAUAUAAAACUUAAGCCCUAAAACGACCACUUAUAAACAUGAGUUAUUAUAUAAGUAAGACCCACCACUAAACCCUCACUGACCUAAUUGAUGUUAAUGGAGUGUGAGAGGCUGCAAAGACUCAAAAUAGUACAAAUAGGAAUGGGACGAACUAUGACGACGCCAAAGCCUGCUUCAUAUUAUUACAGGUUUGGAACUUUUUAUUUUAUGGCUUUCUUUUUUUUUUUACCUUAUUCUCCGCCAAAGCACUUAAGACUGACUGAUAUGAACAUCUUCCCGGCAGAUGGAUGAGAAUUGUCAAAUAGUCAAUUUACUUGUUGGAAAUAUAAGAAACGGUUGAUGAAUAAAUAAACUACAUGUCUAAUACAUGUG